AUGCCUGGCUUCAAUUUCUUCCACACCUUUGCCUGUCUUUCGGGAGCGACUUCGGUCGCCUUUGGUGCCUUUGGUGCCCAUGCCCUCAAGGGCAAGCUCAGCGCUCACCAAGCCUCUUCCUGGACGACGGCAACAUCGUACCAGCUGACACAUUCGAUCGCCCUUCUGUAUGUCGCCAGUCAGAUCGCGCCUUCGAUCAGCAACAGCCGUCCCUUGACCGUUGCGGCCUACGCAUUCACAGCGGGCAUCACCCUCUUCUCGGGCUCCAUCUACGGCCUUUGCCUCACCAACGAAGGAUCGCCCAUUCGAAAGCUGCUGGGUCCCGCGACGCCUCUCGGAGGCCUUGCUCUGAUUGCUGGUUGGGUGGCCCUGGCCUUGGCCAAGAGAGGAGGAGUCAGGUUAUCUUAA